UCCGGCACGGUGCGGUGCCCCGAAUGCACGUCGAUUUUCCGCUGCGUGUCGUUGCCAAGGUGCCACGUGAUUCCGCGCCAACCAUCGCCACGCAAGUCACGCGAACGCGUUCGUUCACUGGUGUGGUAUCUCACCUGCCGACUCCGAAAUACUUGGACGCGGUAGAUCGACAGUCGAUGCGAGUCGGCGAGAUAGAGCGAUUCAUCGAGAAAAUUUUACCGCACAACGCAUGGAUAUAGAUUAUUAAAAAAAGUGUGCAAAAGGAUUAGAAAAAUCCCAGAUUGAUUUGAUAAAGUAUUACGAACGACGAGUGACAACGAGAAAUUUAUGCAAUGCUCAGUGACAGAUGAAUGGGAGUGGCCGGCAUUCUAGCGAAGCGUAAAGAUCAGCGAGCUUGCGCCAUGAAUUAAGAUCUCGAUUCGGAAAAUGGACGUCGCCAAGGGCACAACAGAGGACUUUGUGACGGUGGUCAGCGUCGGUAGUCAGCCGGCGCCGGAGAAUUUCGUGACUGUUCUGUCGAUCGGCAACGGGAAAAAGAGCGAUGCCGGAGAUUCGUCGGUGUCGAGUAAAAAUGGAGCGACGAACGGGAUGGACGGACAUCUCGAGGAGGAGGUCGAGGUUUUCAGAUUGCCCGGAGAACGGCUCGGUUUUGGACUCAAAUUCGAGGGAGGAAAUAAAACGUCUGAGAGAGUGAGGAGGCUGUUCGUGCAAAGCUGCGCGGAACAAAGUCCGGCCAGCAGAGCGAAGUGUUCGUGGGGUACUCUAGGCGAGGGAGACGAGGUACUUUCGAUUGACAGUAUACCGGUGACACAUAUGACCCGAUUGGAUUGCGUGAGGAGAUUGAAGGAAUCGCAAUUAGUCAUCAGGCUGAUGGUGAGAUGCCGCGGUGCUCUCAGACCCGAAGUAGUGAGCGCCGAGAGAAAAAUCGAAAAGAACAAAGUGCCGCCGGAAUUACCCGCGGCUCCCCCGCCGGUACCGCCGCGAAAAUUGAGGCAGCCACGAGGACCCGCAGACGGCGAAGCAAACCCUAGUCCUGUCAAGAAAUUGUGGGACAGUCCAAAAUCGCCGGCGUCGCAGACGAACGUAAGCUCUUACGAGAGUUGCGAAUCCUCGCCGAAAAGCGUCAACGGUUCAUCGCAUCCAGAGAGCACGAAGGAAUCACCGAAGAACCGCUCGCCGGAGUUUACAAAAUCGAAGCAGGAACCGCCGGAAGCGAUGGUUUAUCUGGACGCGCGAUCGCAAUGCGGCUCCACGCACGGCAGCACGUCCGACGACACCGGCAGCUCCAUGUCCACCGUCAUGGACAGAUUCUCGACCAUAUCCGAUCGCGUGUCGACCAUCUCCACGGCGUCCACGGCGUCGACCACCGGUUCCGAACAGCCGAGCGAAUUAGUGGGUGUCGAUCGAGACCUCGAGCGAUCCUCGUCCGAUCGGGACAUGCUGUUGUCGCGAGCGAUCUGUCCGCUCGAGAUGCUCGAGAGAGACUUCUCGAAUCCACCCGAUUAUCUGCUACGUCGUCUCGCCAGUUCCGAGGCGGUGACGCACGUGGAAUCGCGAGGCGAAGUCGAGCGUAUCACGGCAGUAGUCGCGCCGAACACGGUGCUGAUCGAGGAAACUAUCACCCUUCAGCCGCCGCUCAGUUUCCAGGACGCCCCGUUAAGUUACGGACACGAGGCAAGACCGGAUCUCUUCUACACAGCCGACUUGGCCGCUGACUCGACGACGCAUUUCAGGCCAAUUAAGGAUGACGUGGAACUCGUGGAACGCGUCAACGGCAGCGUUCACGAGGAGGUGCGCAUUUCCGGUACGGAAAGAAGCAACGGCCUUAGGUCGUCGCCGCCGCCGUUGCCGGCUAGAAAUCACGUUAAUAGGAUCUGCGUGAAUCAAACGAGCGAAUCUGAAAACGAUGCGCGAAUCUCAGGAACGGUACCCGCCUCGCCCGAGAGAGAACCUUCGGAAGCUCCUCUGUUACCGCCGAAGCCGCUGCCGAGGAAAGAUAUUAAAGCCAGACGAAAAAGACCACCUCCGCCGCCGCCUCCACCACCGAUUAUAGCGCCACGAAGAGAAAUUAAAUCUUCAUCAUCAAUCGAAUCGAAUCAUCUGCUGGAGAAGGAAGAUAUUUUGCAAGAAAGCGCAAAAUGUGUUCAACCAAGAUCAUGCGACUCGUCGUUAAAUAGAAGCAAUGUUCUCCACGAAUUUUCAAUUGAAGAAUUUGAAAAUUCAGAUGGAAACAGCGACAAAGAAUCUAACUCGAAAAAUGUUUGCCUCGAUGAUGAGAAAGAAAAAGCUGCAGGUUCGAUGGAAGACACACAAACAAAUAAAGUUCUUGAAAUUAUCGAAAUCAGAGUGACCAAAAGUUUGCAGCUCAAUCAGAAGGAGGAAGUCGCAAGGAAUGAGCCAAAGAGCGUAUCGGAAACGACGAAUUGCGAACAGAAUGGAAUUAAGGAUAAAAUAACAGAUAGAAAGAAACACGAUCAAUCGCAAUCUAUUAAUAAUUCGAAUGGAAUUUCGACGGAACAAAAUUCGAGUUUAGAACCGACCGAUGUACGCGUCGAUGAAUCAAAUAACGAAGAGAAAAAGCAUCUUGACUUGGAAGGCAUUUACCGAGAAGAAACUCAGUCGAAUGACGGGGGAAAUACUUUCAAGGAAGCAUUUCCGUUACACGCAGAAGAUACUUUAUCAGUCGAUAAUUCUAUGCUGCGAGAAAGCGAGGAUGACGAAACGUAUCGAUCAUUAGACGAGAUAAACGACGAUAUGAAAAAUCCGGAUGUGAAUCGCAUGCUAGAGGAAGAAGGAGACACAACUGAUGAAAGCGACGACGGCGAUUAUUACUGGCAGAGCAAUCUCGCCACUAUCGGCGAAGAGGAGGAGACUUCCUUGGAAUAUAUAAACGCCAACGCAGACGCAAACGAUUCCAGCAAGCUGACGACAGAGUCGGAAGAAUCGUCUCCCACAAUCAAGAAAGAUGCGUUCGUUAAAAACGCGCGAGAUGACGAAGCGGACCGCGUGAGCGAGAUUGCAGAGUACACGGAGGAAGGCAGCAAGAAAUCGAGCAAAAACACGGUAAAUGGUAAGAUGGAGAACUGCGGAGGCGGCCAACGCCUGCCCCCGGACGGGGACGAAUUUCCAGCAGCGUACCAAGAAUUUAGUAACAGCCAGCUACCGUAUAACAGAUAUAUCGCCGCGACAAGGACAACGGCGACAAUAGCCACGAAUGGCGGAUUGUGCAACGAGAACGAGACAUUCCGUACCAGCGAGACAUUUAAGAUGCUCGCGAACGACAGCAAUGUUGUCGGUUCGAGGAGCAUUAUUCUGUCCGAUAGUAAGAUGACGUUGACGAGCUCUGAAAACGUGAGGCAGGAUAUAAACAAAGUCGCUUCGACGAAUAUGGAGAACGUCCGGCCGGAGAUAGGAACUAAAGCUACUUCGACCACUGCGGAUAACGUAUGUCAGGAUAAGUCCUCCGAACUUUCUAACGAAGAGAGAAAAUCGUCCUAUCACACUUCGGAAGAUAUCGCGAAGAAAAACGCUCCUACCGUCGCGGGAAGUCCCCUUUAUUCUUGUCAGACAACCAACGGCAAUUCAACGAUAAGCGAGAAGAAGAUGGAAAUCGCCGGAUAUUAUCACAAGGACGCGAUCGAGGUGCCAAGCCACGUGGAAAAGGACACGCCCGUCGAUACCCCGCCGCCUCUACCAUUGACAGGCCCGCCUAAAUUGGAGCAAAUGACUCUGCACGCGAAAAACAUUUCUACGAUAGAGUCGCCGCAGAGAAAAUUUUCUCUGAACGGUGAUCUCUGGAGGCAGGAUGAUAAGUCUGAGCGAUCCGUCCGAGACAAAAUCGCCAUGUUUUCAUCGCAGAGCAACCUUGACGUGCCUUUGUUCCCCAAUGUCAUGACAACUGCGGUAGUCACGAACAACGGCAAACGUCUUUCCAAGUAUAAAUCCUCCGAAGACGUUUUCUGCGACGAUAAGAGCAACGGACAGAAGGAUCGUUCGGCCUUCCUCGUCGAUAGGACGCAAAGCUCUUUUGAUCUCACCGAUUCGGCCAGGACAUUGACAGGGCAUGAUUCCGCGAAGAAAUAUAGUCAGAGAACUCCUAGUUUGCCUACUCAGCCUGCUUUAUCAAGCUCUAUUACACAAACUACGCGCGUUCCAAAGACGCUGCCAAUUGUUCCGCCGAAAGCUACAUCAUUGUCGAGUCCGUUAUCACCUUCGUACGAAAAGCAGAUUUUUUCAAAUACAACGAUGAAGAACUAUUGUACCGAAAGUAGCAACUUGUCGAACACCGCGUAUCCGAAUAAAACCGUCGGUUCUUAUAAUAAUAUUAACAAUUCGGUAAAAACGACGAGCACGCCUUUGACGCGAGCUACCAGUUUUUCAGGCUCGAUGCCCUUCGUGCAGGAUCGAAAUUCCAUGACAGCCGAUUCAACCGGUUAUUCACAAAUCUCGAGAACAAAUUCUCUGGUAUCUACGUUUAAACGGCCCGGCGAUGACGCGAGAAGAAGUAGCUUGAAUCAGCUGAUCGAGCAGAGGCGGAAAUCGAUAUCGAAAUUACGUGGAUUGGUUAUACCGGAGAAAGAUACUGUGUCAAUAGAUCAACCCAUCGUCGAUUUACCGGAAAUUAAAUCACGUGAUUCGAUAUUACUACAUCAGAUACCAAAGGCAAACAUUCAGGACAAGUGGGGGUCUCAAAGUUCCUUGGUUAGCAAUGCCAGCACGGCAAGCCAACCCUUGAAAGCGACAACAUCCUUCAAAAUGCCGGCGCCACAGAUACACUCCAAGUAUUCUCCGGCUUUCAAGAGAAAAUCUCUCACGGUAUAUGGUACUUCUGUGACGAACUCUUCUUCGAUAAAUGGCAAUAGUCCGAUCAAAAGCUCCUCAUCAAGCACAACCGCGUUUUCGGAGCCACCGAAAAGCCUGGAGAGUAUCUGCAGCCCGACGAGAAGUGAUUAUAGCUUCGAAUUUGCCUCGACAACUAGUUCGCCGGAUGGUUCGCGUAACAGACCAAGGAUGAUACAGAGGAAGGCUCGCUUGGAUUAUGACGAUUCCGAUAACGAUUCAGCCGUGAGCAGUUCUCAGAGUAGUAUAUCUCGCGGCUUCAGUCCGCCGAUGUCUCCGGCACCAUCGGAAAGAUCUACCAUCUCUUCGGAGAGAUCUUACAUCUCCACAGAAAUGAAUUACCAACGUCGACCUUUGAUCGCGGAUAGUUUGAACAGAACUUCGGUGUCACGAGAUGUUAGAGAUUCAGUUGGUGAAGAUAAAGAUCAAUUCGGCUCCAGAAUAGGUCUUCUCGGUGAACGAACGUGUCUGACUGAGAGAUCGUCAUCUAGCAGUAGCGGUGGUUCGAAUCCGCGAUCGCCACAACCAAACGAGUUCUUUUCGAGAAACUCGCAGAUCCCGCAGCGACAGCUGCGACGAUCGAACAGCACCGAUACAAAUUGUAGCACGUCCUCAACGUUGACGUCCGGGUCUCAGGCCAGCGCCGAGUCUCUAUCCCGAAGAGUAUUGAAGCCGCAAAGCGUGGAAGCCAUAAAUCGAAAAAAUAUUCUGGCAAGUGCUAGAUGCCGAAGCGGAAGAGAUCUGAACGGAUCACCGUUAAUCCAACGAAAAUUUUCGGAUGAUGAGGACAUCGCUACCGAAAACGGCAGUGCUGUUCGUCAGACAGUCAAUGACUCGGAGAAUGAUUCUGCGAGUAAACAAGAAAUCAAGAUAGCUUAUAUAGAAAUCACAGAUCCUUUCGCGAAGGAUGAGGAAUUCUUUCAGAAGAAGGAAGAAGAACUGAAACUGCCACCUAAAAGAAGCAUGCUUCCACCGCCGGCUAUUAGACCGCCGAAACCCGAAAUAUUAGAGCCAUCAAACGAUCUUAAAAUGUGGGUUCGAGCAGAGGCAAAGACUCUCGUGCGAGCUAUGGAAGAAAAAUCGAAUAACAAAUAUGACAAAAAUCCUCCCGUCGCUGCUCAAACUUUGGAAACAUCACCUGUAAUUCAAACGACAAGAAAGAAUCACGGUUCCAUGUUUGACGAACCUGUUGAUUCAACAUUAAAUGGCGGUUUGCCUCCAAAGAGCAGAAUCACAAUAAGCGAAGCAAAAGUCGCUACGACGGAAAUAUCAAAAUCACAAAGUAGAGCGAGUAUAAGUCCUAGAAGAAACACGGAAGAUCAAAACGAUCUCCUAACGAUUUUAACGACAAAGAGCCGUUCUAGAUCGGCUAUACAUGUCGACGAAGGAACUUUCGGCAGGUCAAAGAGCCAAAUGAGUCUAGAGGAUAUAUUAGCCGUUAAAGCAGAUUCAAAGUUACUUCGCGCGCAAAGUAUGGAGCCGAGAAUCGAGAAGAACGGCGCAACAACAACGAGCCCAUCGAUUAAAUCUACUUGGGAUUCGAAGGAAGGUCGAUACUGUAGAAGAGGCUCUACAACGUCGAACGAGUCUUGGUCGGAAGACAAAUCUUUUGUCUCGAAAAUACCCACUUUAGGAAAAGCUAGGAAUAUCGAUAACGGUGAUGAAAUGUCGCAAAGUGUUGAGAAAAUAAAAACUGUAACAGCGUCGAAAAUUCCGAUGUCCCGCGGUUUAAAUCGACGCAGCGCCAGCGUUACAGAUAUGAAGAGAGCCCUGGAUGCGAGUCCCGUGCACAGCCAAUCACAACAGUGCGCCGGCGGCACUCAUAAUCGAUUCCCAAGUCUAGAUAGCAGCGUGGAUGAGAAUAUCGGAACGGAAACGGAUGUUGACAGAUGCUAUGGCGAACAAUUUGGCAGUAUCAGCUCGCUGGCGAGCAGUACCAGCUUGAUCUCGCAACAGGAAUUGGCGCAGCUCGUGGAAGAGGCGAGUUUAGAGGAAGCACGCGGCGCGCAUGAUGUGAUAGUUGUUCUGCUCCAUAAGGAAAAUCCGACUGGCAGCGUCGGCAUCACUUUAGCCGGUGGCGCGGAUUGUGAGGUGAAGGAGAUCACGGUUCACCGAGUACUGACGCACUCCAUCGCGGACAAAGACGGCCGGGUGCAAAGGGGCGACAGGAUCCUCAGUAUAAAUGGCAGGAGCACACGAGGUCUCACCCAUAGGGAGAGCAUGGCAGUGCUGAAGCAACCGAGAUCGGAGGUCGUGUUGGUCGUGUCGAGGUCUAGAUUGGAGGAGGGCUGCAAACUGAGAUCGCGGACCGCGAGUGUCGAAACCAUCGUUGAAGGGUUAGAGAUGAAUGGAAGUGUGGAGGACACAGCGUGGGGACCACCGUCGACUGUGGCAGUCUACAAAGAUGGAGCUGGUUUAGGAUUUAGUUUAGAAGGCGGCAGAGAUAGUCCCCUCGGGGACAGACCUCUGAUUAUCAAGAAGAUAUUCACCGGAGGUGCUGCCGAGAAGACAGGUGCGUUAAAAGCUGGGGAUCAAUUGCUCGAAGUAAACGGUAACGAUGUAACGCGAAUGUCGAGGAUAGAAGCGUGGUCUUUGAUGAAGAAGCUACACGAUGGUGAAGUAAAUCUCCUAGUCAGGCAUCCUGCCACCAAAUCCUCGUGAAAAGUAAGGAAUCCCGAUGUAAACGGGAGUACAGAAAUGUGCCAAGCGACUGGAUAAAUUUUCGAUCGAUAUUUGUUAAAUGGGGUAUAACAUGCUUAUAUAUAUAGAUACACACACAACUGCAUUAAUAUUACGUAAGAAGUUAUUUUAUCGAGCUUGGAAAUUUGAAUAAUAUUGCUUUUUAAAUAAAAUAAGAGAUUAUUAUCGCUGAUUUCUAAAGAAAAAUUAUUCAUGAUAUUUCUGAGGUAUUUAAACUAUUGAAUAUCUCUCAUAUAUUCGCUGCUCUAAUAUAUAUGUAUAAUUAUAUAUCAUAAAUUUAUUAUAGACGAGUUAUAUUACUUAACAAAAAAAUAAAAGCAAGUGGCUCACAGUAUAUAGAAUUUCGAAAAGAAAAUCGAUCAGAAUUUGCUAAUUUAUUUUCGAAUGCCUCGUAGAUAUUACACUUUUAGCAGAUACAAUUUCGUAUGUAAAUAGCAGUAAAAUAGGAUAUAUUUUCUAAAUAUUAAAUGUCAAUUUGCGAUAUAGUUGCGAGACAUAUAAUACUAUAUUUUCAUAAAAAUGAAAUUUCUUGUGGAAGAAAAGGCCUAAUGCAUGCAAAUUUCCAAUUUCGAUUGACAAUACAAAAUUAAAUUGCAUUUACAAUAAUCGCAUUGAUUAGACAUUGAAUAUAAUUUGUUGAAUUUAUUAUAUUUGUCAUGUAGCUGCGUUGGAAAUUUCGUUAAACAACGAUAUAUAUAUAUAUAUAUAUAUAUAUAUAUAUAUAUAUAUAGAGAGAGAGAGAGAGAGAGAGAGAGAGAGAGAGCAUAUUAUUAAUAUAGUAUACUUUGACAACAAAGCAUAUAAGAAUUUCUACAUGAUACAUGCCAUAUGCAAAAUAGGUCGUACUAUUUAUGGAAUGAAGUAGAUAGAUACGCGCGUUGUCAAUUAAUCACUUAAUGUCGAUAACGUUUAAUGUCGAUACGUACGAUUUGUACGAUAUUAAUUUCAUAGUGCCGGCCGUGCAGUAAUAGUUCGAAUUAAGAGUUUGCGACAAGCAAAUAAUAACCGAGUAAGUAAUUAAAAUAUGAGCCUGAUUGUAGAUCGCCUAUUUCCCGACGCCUUACUAUAGUGGUUCCUGUUUAUUUACUUUAGAAUACGAAACGGUAGAAUAUAUCGUAUAAAAUGGUGAUCAAUGUUGAUGCGUCAUUUAAUAAGCAUCGAGUAAUAAUACAAGAGAUAUAUGUUUGUUUCAGUGUUUUCUAACUCUUAUCAUUAAUUCAAUAAGAUCACAUAUAUAAUACGAAUAGGUAUUUGUGUUACAAAAGCAUUUUAACUAUUUUUAAUAGCCCUUUCUCGCAGCUAUCGGUAAUACAAUUAAUCAAUUUUAAAUGCAUCAUAAAGAAAUAGCUAAUCGCUGUUGGAAUUUAUAUAUCGUUUAAUUUCUCGUAAUUCUUCAGUGUAAUUUCCGAAAAACUAUGUGAGAAAAAUCGUAUGUCUAAUUAAAUUAUGUACUGAUAGCGAUGCGAGUACGCGGGAAUAUUAUCGAAUAUUUCGCCGUAUAUAUUGUCUAUAAAAUAACGCUUUUUUUUUUUUGCAACAAGUAGAUCGAUCAACGAAAUUAGCUCUAACGAAUGAGAUGCGCGCGAUUAAUCGUAGAUAUAAUAAAAAUAUAACAGAACGGAAUAUAAAGUACUUACUUUGGACGAGGACUGUGAGAUCCGAGACGAAGCAGGGGGGUAUGGACGGUUGUAUUGAGAAACGAUCCGUCGUGAUGAUCCGAUACUCGUCUCGCGUCUUAUCUUUCUCAAACUUGAUUCUCCGUCUUGUUGUAUUUUUCUAAAGAAUAUAGAAGGACAAAAUGUAUACAACGCAUCGAUUUUGAUGAGAAAUUCAAAGUCUGAGAAUUUGAAAAAAAAAAAAAAACUCCACGACACUCCGCGUAAAA